UUGAAAGUUUUGAAUUAGCAAUUUGUUUCGUUCCAAUUUCAUUCAACAGUACAACAAAGUGAAGUUUAGUAAUCUUCAUUGUCAUUCACAUGCAUAAGAUUUAAAUCAGCGAAUAUGGCUGAUGACGAGAGUACGUUCAAAAAACCAACGUUUGAUCUGAAGGCGUUGAGCAAAACAAAAAAACAGGAUUUACCAGGGACAGUGCGCAAAGUCGAUAUUACCGCACCUUCAUCUUCAGGAGAGGAGAACGAUAAAGGCAAGGAGCAACAAUUGACCGGCGAAACGAGCGAGAUACCUCCAGUUCCAUAUAAAGAACCGAGCUGGUCUCGCAAGUGUGAAUCUUCCCUAAAUUACGGACUGGAAGUACUGAAAAAUGGUGUCAUAAUUGAAGAAGUGAAAAAUCUACAAAAUAAGGCAUAUUGGUUAUUUGGGCGGUUGCCAAACUGCGAUAUUAAUAUGGCCCAUCCGACGAUUUCGAGAUAUCACGCCAUAUUACAGUAUAAAAGCCCACCGGAAGAAACAAGUGAUGAUUCGGAGGAGGAAGUUCAAUCCAAACAUAUAACUAUCGAACCAGGAUGGUACUUGUACGAUCUCAACAGCACCCACGGAACUUAUCUUAAUAAGCAGCGUUUGACAUCGAACACCUAUGUAAGAGUUCGAGUGGGCUAUAUGAUUAAACUUGGUUCGAGUUCUCGAACCUACAUUUUGCAGGGCCCCUCUGAGGACACUGAUGAGCCAUCCGAGUUGACGAUCACAGAGAUGAAAGAGAUGCGACAGAAAAAGGAACAACUUCAGCGUGAAAUGGCGGAAAUCGAACGGCAGGAAGAAGAGCGGAUCGCAAAGCUAAAAGAGGAGGAAGGCAUCAAUUGGGGAAUGGCAGAAGACGCAGACGAGGAGACCGACUUGACACACAAUCCAUACGCAGCUUCUAACAAUGAAGAAUUGUUUUUAGAUGAUCCUAAGAAAACACUGCGUGGGUACUUUGAACGGGAGGGACACGAUUUGGAUUAUCGGUUGGAGGAACUGUCCGCCGGGACGUAUGUUUGUAAGGUAGAACUGCCGGUUGAUGAUGACUUUGGGAGGCCCAUUAUUGCGGAAGCCUCUCACAAAGGCAAAAAGAAGGAAGUGGUUGUGCAGUGUGCUUUGGAAGCAUGCAGGAUUUUGGACCGGUAUGGUUUACUGCGGCAGGCUACACAUGAACCACGUCGUCGGCACAAAAAAACGUCGGACUCGGAUGACGAUGAUUUUCUCGACCGAACCGGUGAUAUUGAACGGCGCCGACAAAGAAAGCAGACCAAAUCUUCAACGGAGGUGCACACGUACGAAGAUCUCAUUCGGCGUGAAUCAGAAUUGCUGGAAAGGUUGGAAGAGUUGGAAACAAAAAUUCAACGUCAUCAAAUGAUUGAAAAGGGCACUCGAUUGCCAGAAAACGAUGAAGACGUGGACGACUUUUUGACUAAGCUAUCCGAGGAUAAACCAUACGAUAAGUUUGAGAUUCGUCGCCUGCGAUUGGAAAAAGAUCGCCUCAUGAAGGAUCACGUCACACUGCAGAAACUUAUUAAAAUAGCUAAACCGUUAGAUCUGCCAAGUGUAAUUCAAAAGCCCGGCAGUUCAAAGGAUUCUAAGGAGCAGUUUAAGAAUAAAAUGAUGCCUCUAUUUGGCAAAAGAAGCAAACUGAGUAAAUCGUUUGGUAUUAAAAAAUCAGACAUUAAAGUUGGUGGUUCAACUAGCGCUCACGGCGAGGAAGUUGAAGAAGAGGACGGAGAACCACAGCAAAGGAUCGAAACUAAGGAGCAAAUCGAACCCAAGGAAAUCACUAAACGCGUCAUGGGCCCAUCGUUCAAUCCAGCUCUGUUAGAAGAGCACCGUAGAAAAACUGCAAACAGCGAUCAGCCAGUGUUGAAGCAGGAGAAGCCUUCACAGGAUACUAGGGCUUCGGUUCAUCCAGUAGUAGAUGAAUCGGUUGUAGUUGGGACCAGUAAGCGCAAAGCUGAACUAUCGGUAACGGAAACCGACGGUCUUGAAGCUUCUGGUGCGACUACUAACAAAAAGAAGCGCCAUCGUCAGCGAGAACGGGAACGUAACCGGGAUAAUGUUGAUAUUGACGACAGUGAGGAACUGCAAAGUGAGGAGAAAAAUGUCGAUUGGGUUCCACCGGAAAAUCAGAGCGGUGACGGAAUUACUCCACUUAAUGAAAAAUUUGGAUAUUAGUAUUCAAUAUCGUUCCAUGCUAUUGUGACUUUGGUUUAUGAAAGAAUCUUUCAUGGUCAA